CCGGCCAGCACAUCCGCAAGCAAGAUAAUGGCUACAAUUCUCCACAUUUUCCUAUUUUCCAUCGUCCUUUUUCACACAGCUGGUUCGAUUGUGAGCUCAAAGUGUGAUGACGAUAGAAUGAAGCAAAAAUGCAAGCCAUGCUCUCCGGAAGCGUCAUGCGAAGAUUUGGAAAAUAGAGACUUUACAUGCAGCGCUUACCUCGAACUCAGCCUUUCCUCAACUGGAAAAUUUUACUGUCGCGAAAAGCUGUCCUUACUUGAAAACGUCUUAAAAGACCGAGACGCGUGCGGUCGUUGUGUGGUUGGAAUUCUGAAGUGCAAAUCGGUCAAGAGAUUUUUCAAGCAGAUGAAAGUUGCCAGGUGUGACUCUGUAAAUACAACAGAAGGCGAGGAAGACACUGAACAAUCCUAUCCUGACACUGACGAGUCUCUGGAGAAGGCGGAAGAGAAAGCAUUGACUUUGAAAAGCAUUGAUUGGUGCGUUUGGCUCUUAAUUUUAAUCUUUCCGGUCACAUUAGUUGUGAUAGGAGCGUCUUAUUACAUAUAUAAGCGUAAAAAUCCAGUUCAAAUGUCAUGUUGCCACUUUUCAUGUACGUGGAGCAAGCAAAGGAGAAAUGCAAAUAAUAUUGAAGCUAUUUACAAUAAUGAAAGCUUUUGCGACGAAAAUAGAUAUUAAAUUGUGGUAAAAAUCUGAUAGAUUUUAUUUUAUAAUUUUUUUUAUUUGUCCACAUUGUUGCAGUACAUUGUUUGUUUAUUUCAAUUGUUGAAAACAAUUUAUUUAAGAAAUGGAUUUGUUGGAUAAAAUGGCACCACCACUAGCAAUAAUUUUGCAAACAUUUCCGAGUAAAAAGACCUUAUCUAAUGCAGUGGGCCUUAGAUAAUUGAGUU